AUUAUCAUACAUGUCUAAUAAAAAUUGAUUGGACUCUGACUACCUCUAGGCUUCAUGCAAAGCAAAUAAAAGAUCCCAAACUCAUACUGCAGAUCGACUUAAAUAAUAAAAACAUAUAUUCUGUGCCAAUUAAUUUGUGACCUUCGUAUAUUGAGUCGUUAAAUGGAAGAAAAUCUGCAGAACUAGCAACAACUCCCUCCUCACCAGAAAAAAAGUACAAUUGAGGAAAAUAGUAUUGUUGGGAUGGAGGAUGACUUCAACACCAUACUUGAUCGCAUCACUGCGCAAACAGACAAGCUAACUGUUGUACCAAUUUUUGGUAUGGGCGGUAUAGGUAAGACAACUCUUGCCAGAAAAGUUUAUGAUGAUUCAUGUAUUUGUUCUUGAUUUGAUAAAUAUGCAUGGGUCACUAUCUCUGAAGAAUACAAUGAGAGACAAAUGCUUCUUGAAGUUGCCUCUUCAAUUAUCAGAAGCAAUCAAGAAAGGAACGAUAAUGAACUAAUGGAGAUUGUGUAUAGAGGUCUGAAGGGUUGGAGAUUUUUAAUUGUGAUAGAUGAUAUUUGGAGUACUGAGGUAUGGGACCAAAUGCAAAGAAUAGUUCCAAAUGAUGACAAUAAAAGCCGAAUUUUAUUAACCACUCGGCUCAAGUAUGUAGCUGAUUAUGUCAGUUAUCCUGAUUUUCCGCCUCAUUGUAAGUCUUUUCUCACUCUAGAUGCUAGUUGGAAUCUAUUUACUGGAAAAUUGUUCAGAAAAGAUGUGUGUCCUCCUCUACUUGUAGAAAUAGGGAAGCAUAUUGUACGACAAUGUCAAGGGUUACCUCUGUCGUUAUUGUCGUUGCGGGACUUGUUGGAAAAAUGGACCCAACGUAUGACAAUCGGAAGAGAGUUGAGGAAAAUCUGAACUCAUUCUUUGAAGACAGAGAGAUUGGUGUUCCCAAGUUGAUUAGGCUAUGGAUUGCCGAGGAAUUUUUAAGGGGAAGAAGCAAUAAAAGUUUACAAGUAGUGGGAGAGGAGUAUCUACAAGAGUUAAUUGAUAGAAGUUUAAUGUUGGCCGGUGGGCAUAAUGGAAUGAUGAGAAGUUGCAAAAUUCACGAUCUUCUUUGCCAACUAUGCCUAAGAGAAGCUCAUACUGAAAAUGUUGUGCAUGUCAUGAAUGGGAAUGAUCUCGAGGCCAUAGAUGAUCAACGUCGAGUGAUCCUUCUGUCUGAAGUUGCAGAGAAGCAUGAUUAUUGUAUGCAACGUAGCAGUGGUAUAAUCCGCACCUUUAUUUCAAUGCAAGUAGAUUUUCCAAUACGGAUGUGUUCCAUUGUUUCAGUACAGUUCAAGUUGCUUAAGCUAUUGGACGCGUUACCACUCCUGUAUGAUUUUUCUAGUGUAAUAUCUGAUCUUAUACAUUUGAGAUAUGUUGCUGCAAGAAUUAAGAAAGGUCUUUUACUAGCCAAAUUGAGAAAUAUACAGACCAUAAUUCUUCAAAGUCUUGAAAAGACGGAGUUGAAGCACCCCGUAGAUAUUUGGACAAUAUCAGAGGUAAGACAUGUGGAUAUUAGAUUACCACUCUAUAUAUCUAAUCCUCUUGAGGCAGAAAAUAAUCGUAUUGGAGAACAUCUCGAUAACUUGCAAACACUAACUCUCCACUUCUCUCCUUUUGCUGCGGAAAUCAUAAGAAGAACUCCCAAUCUAAAAGAAGUAACGAUUUUACAUGAAGCUAAGCAUUCUGACGGGCUUGCUAUUCUUGAUUCUCUCAGUCUUGUUGAGAAACUGGAGAAACUACACCUAGAAGCACAACAAACCGUUAACCAGAUCAUGAUUUUCUCAGGGGAUAUUUUCCUUCCUAAUCUCAAGGAGUUGACAUUAUCAUUUACUUAUAUACCAUGGGAAGCUAUGAGUUUACUGGCUAAUUUACCCAAUCUUGAGGUGCUCAAAGGGUAUUUUGCAUUCAAUGGAACAGAUUGGAGUGUGUUUCGCAAAUUAAAACUUCUAUUACUGCAUAGGUGUAUAGAUCUGCAAAAGUGGGAAGGUGGUAGUGAUAAUUUUCUGAUGCUUGAGAAACUAAUGCUGUUUGGAUUGGAUGAACUGGAGGAGAUUCCGGAGAGUAUUGGAGAUAUAAUGUCACUAAAAUUCAUCCAAAUAUUUUAUUGUAGCAAUGAUAUGCUGUAA